CUGAGUUCCAUCUAUUUCCGGUUACAAAUUCUCCAAUGCACAUUAUAAGUAAACUACCCCCAAAUCCACCGAAGACGACAAUCCACGCGGAAGCUCCAGUCGAGUUCCGAUUUGCUCCGGCGGCAGAUGAAAUGAGUGGUGGUCGUCGUCAAUUUGGUGGUUCUGCGCGACGGCGUCGGCGUCGUCGCUAUCAAACGUGGCGGCUUCCGCCAUGGAGGAUUCCGAUUGUCGAUUGAAGCAACUGAUUGGGAAGGAUGAUGAGAGAGAGAGGCGACGAGGCUUCGGCGGCGAUGUACAAUCAACAAUGGAACUCCCCGUGCCCAAGGCCUUGAAGAAUUUAUGGGAGGCAUGGGAGAUCAGGUCCUUCAUUCUCUUCAGCCUCUUCCUACAAUGUUUCCUCAUUCUCUUCUCCCCUCUAAGGAAACGCUUCUCCAACAUCUGGAUAUACAUGUCCAUCUGGUCAGCAUACUUGCUCGCCGACUGGGUCGCCGGUUUCGCCGUCGGCCUAAUAUCCAGCUCCCAAGGCAACGAUCCAUGCAAGUCGAAAAAGGGCAGCGCCACCAACCCGGACCUCUACGCAUUCUGGGUGUCGUUCCUCCUCGUCCAUCUCGGAGGCCCCGAUACUAUCACUGCAUUUGCUCUCGAGGACAACGAGCUAUGGCGGAGGCACAUGCUUACUCUCAUAUUCCAGUCCAUUUCCGCAAUGUAUGUUUUCUACCAAACGCUGCCGAAGAACCAGCUAUGGAUCCCGACAAUGCUCAUGUUUGUUUCCGGGAUCAUUAAGUACGGCGAGAGGACUUUCUCCCUGCUCUCGGCCAGCUUAGAUGCCUUCCGGGACAAGAUCCUAAGGGAGGCUGACCCCGGCCCGAAUUACGCCAAGCUCAUGAACGAGUACCAUGCAAUGAAAGAGGCGCACCUGCCGACAAGCAUUAAGAUGUUCGACGAGCCUAAGGAAUCGAAGACGGUGAAUAGGGUGAGAGGGGGUAGAUUGACGAGAACAGAGGUGGUGCUUCAUGCUCACCACCUCUUCGAGAUGUUUAAGGGACUCAUUGUCGGGAUCAUACUGAGUUUCAGGGAGCGCAAUCAAUGCCGGGAGUUUUUUAACAAGAGGACGGCAAAGGACAGCUUCGAUGUGAUUGAAACCGAGCUGAAUUUGAUGUACGAUGUCCUGUUCACCAAAGCCAAUGUUGUCUACACAGUCCAUGGCUGCAUACUUAGAUUCGUCUGCGCCUCUUUGGUUGUUACGUCGCUUUAUCUCUUCUACUUCGAGCAGAAGGCUAACUUCAAGAAAUCCGACGUUGUCAUCACCUACACACUGCUUAUUGGAGCCAUUGCCUUGGAUUGCAUAUCUCUGAUCAUGUUUGCUUCCUCAGAUUGGCUCAACAUCUUCAUUCACAAGCUGCCUGCAGUGAACAUGAGGAUUCUAGAAUGGGACAAGGAAGCCGUUGGAGCGAAGAAGUCACGUGUGCAGCGCUGGUGGUCGGAAUCUGUCAUUCGGAGGAAACUGCACAAUCUGGUACGCCGCUGGUCCGAAUCUGUCUCGAGUUUUAACUUGAUUUACUACGCUAAACACGGCCGCGAUGAAGUUGAGGAGAACAUCUUCAACUUCUUGGCGCUGACCAGCUUUUUAGAUAGACUGAUGUAUCUGGAAAGGAAGGAAUUAACCGAGGAUCUAAAGUCACUCAUCUUCCGGGAGCUGCAUCUGAAAUCGCAGAUUGCCGAUGAUUUAGACACCGCCAAGGCCUUGAGUAAUGCGAAAGGCGACUGGGCCAUUCAAGACGAGCACUGCGAUCAGUUUCUACACUAUGUGCUUAAAGUCGACUACGAUCAGAGUCUCUUAUUGUGGCAUAUUGCAACUGAACUCUGUUACUGGGAUGAAUCUGAUCAGGACAAGAAGAAUAAGGACAGGGAUUGUUCCAAGCUCCUGUCUGAUUACAUGUUAUAUCUUCUAGUCAUGCAGCCGACGAUGAUGUCUGCAGUCGCAGGUAUCGGGCAGAUUCGAUUCAGGGACACGUGUGCGGACGCAAAGAAGUUUUUCGCGAAGAAAGAGGAGGAGGUGAAUGGAUUGAUCAUUUGGAUAAGGAAGAAUGGUAACUGGAUGUCUUGGACACUAUAUGUUUGGGCAAUCCUCAAAAUCAUCUACCGGGGCGUCAUCUGUUUGCUUUAUCCACUUCUCGCACUCGUGGUUUCUUUCUACAUUGUUUUGCUUCUGCCUUUAGUAGCGGCUAUAGCCAACACGGUGAGUUCCGAAUGGCACAAGAAGGUGAAGGAACACUACUUGGAUAUCUUCAAACACUAUUCAAGGAUGAAGGACAAUAGGAAAACAGAGCAUGUGAAUUGCUGCAAGAAUAUAUUGGAAGUGCACACAGAAGUUAAGCCGGAGACGGUGAAGGGCGAGAAAAGCAAGUCGGUUUUGUUCGACGGGUGCAUACUAGCUAAAGAGCUGAGGACAAAAAAAAACAAAUGGAGUAUAAUGAGCAGAGUUUGGGUGGAGCUGCUGUCUUAUGCUGCGAUCAAUUGCAGAGCAGACAAUCAUGUGCAGCAGUUGUCCAGAGGGGGGGAGCUGCUAACUGUGGUUUGGCUUCUUAUGAUUCAGUUUGGUUUGGGGACUCAGUUUCAGAUCGAGGAAGGCCAUUCGAGGGCCAAACUCACUGUGGGUAAGUAG